GGGCGGUUGUGGAGGUGGCAAGUAUUUUAUUUGAAUAUGCACACAUUGAAUUACAUCAAAGCCAAGAAGAAGAAAUGCAUUGUUGCAACAUAAUCAAAUUACAAAAAUUUUAAUGUUUCAUACAUUUUGUCUUUUUAAUCCCAAUCGAAUCUAAACUUUGAUUCUUUUUUUUUUUUGCUAUAAAUUAUGGUAAGCACCCCAUAUGUGAUGAUGAAUGACUUAUGGCAGAAUACUUUAUGGGGAAUUCGAUCUCCACCGGCAAACAAUAAGCCUCUUUCGCAUGAGUCGCCAUACUUUCCUUUGUUUUGCUGAUGAUUUGGUUCAUUUGCACCUGUAUAUCCUUAGUACCUAAGAAGUACAAUUCGACGGCUUGACUACUAGCACAGUAGCAUCCGACACAUCAUUAUCUCAAGAUGUAUGUGGAACAUCCCGUGAAUGCAUGUAGAUGCUUGAAACUUGAUCCUUAAUCUUUAAAUUAAGAUUAAUAUUAACGAAUAUAAAAAGAUCAUUUACGAAAAAACAAGUGAAAUUUGCACCAAAUCAAAAUAACACAUAAAGCAUUUCCUAAUAUAAAAAUUAAACUUUUUCAUUUCCUAAAUAGAACUUAUAAUGUCUAAUAGAAAAAAUAAUGUCCAGUGUUUUAUAUUUUAAAUAUCCCACUAACACAACUUGGAAAACCCGAUUAAACUCAAAUCAAAAAGGUAAAAAUAGCAACGAAUUUCUAAUUUUUUUUUUUAAAAAAAAGUAAUAUAACCAAUGUAAUUCAAAUAAGCAGAUUCAAAUACCCACUGAAAUUCAAAUUGAAAAGUAAAAUCGCCAUUUAAAUUCAAAUCAAGAAAGUAAAAUUACUGGUUAAAUUCAAACAAAGAAAGUAAAAUCACCGAAUAAAUUCAAAUUAAAAAAGUUAGAAAGAGAUCAAAACAGCCAUGGAUCAGAUAAUUGUAGUCUGGAAUGUUUUUUUAAUCGACAUGUAUCAAUUCCGAAUCAAUACUCAUCCCUUCCAUGGACCGAUUCAAACAAUUCAGAUGAGAAAACAAAACAAAGAAAUCGACAGUAAAAAAUGAAGGGGAAGAAUUAGGCUCAGCAGGAUCCAUUGGUUUGAUUAUUCACCGGAGAAAUGCUCUCUCAUUAAAUAGGUAGUUUCGAUCAUCACAGCCAAAACAAUUAUAAACUUAAAAAUUAAAAAAGAAAAAGGUGAAGCACGCUAGAGGGCUCGCCGAUCUGGGAGGAUGCUCACCGACCCUGGUGGAGGGUACUGCCGGCGGCCCUACCGCGUGCUCGCUGCUCGCCGAAAAGAUCCCCGCGGUCCGUGGCUCGCUGGUGGUCCGGACUCUAGCUCGCCGUCCGCCGAGAAGAUCCCGCUGUUCUUCAUGGUUUGCCGGAGGAAGGAGGAGGCUCGUUGGACCUGGUUGUGGACUAACGGAAAGAGUGGCUCGCCGGAGAGGACCGGGAGUGGCUCGCUAGGGGGCUGGAUCGGCUCGCCUCAGGGGAGAGAGGCUCGCCAGUGGCUCGCCGGUGCUCGCCAAAUGCCUGUCGAUGCUCGUAGUUGGUUGUCGCCGGAUCUGUGAAGAAGACCACUCCUCCCUUUUUCUAUUCUUUUUCUCCUUCUCUGACUUUUGAACCUUUUUUUUUCUUCUUGAUUCUCACUUCGUAUCCCUCCUCCUUUGUUUUGUUUUGUUUUUUUACUUUCUCAACCCACUUUUUUUUCUCUAUUACGGACUCGGAACACAAAAGCUUUUUGUGACGAGUCCCACGGAUGGCGCCAGUGAUGGAAACUGCUUUUUCGGGGCGUCGACCCGAUGAAAUCGGUACCGGGUCGGCACCGCACCGAAUAGCGAAAUCCGGAAAUUAAAUAUAUAAAUAAAGUGGAGAGAAAGUA